AUGUCGGAACCUCAGCCUUUGCCUGACGCCGUUGGACUGCCCGAGAAUGACUUGGAGGACAUGAGCGGAAACAUCUGCCGCCUGCUUGCUGGAAUGCUCUGUGGAAUCGUAGUCGUCGCGUCCAGCUCCUUUCGGGCCAGCGGCCCAGAGGUAAGCCCUGUCGCUUUGGAUGGCGCUCCGCGACCCCACGGCACCCGCGCGCCGACUCCGGCAGCCACGAUUUCUGCGCCGACUCCGAGAGCCACGGAGACUUUGGCCAGGACUGCAUCAGCCGAGUCCGUUCCUGGAAAGCUCCUGUUCUCUGCUGGCGAGUACAGAUAUCCCUAUGAUCCGGGCCAAGAUGCUUUUAACGCAAAGGCCAUGGAAUGUCUCCGGAAGACAACUCCCGACAUGAAGCGCUUGGAAUAUCCCGACGAUGCUGAAGAACAUUUCGAAGAACCUUGGAAAGGGGUGCGGCCGCUCUGCAGCAAGUUUGCGAAAGGCUACUGCGGCCCCUGGCUCGAAGCUUGGUCGGCUUGCCCUUUUGUUGGUUCAAGAAAACUACUGGAUUUCGAACUUCAGCGCCCUCUGGAGGAUACAUACAUGCCAAUGUUUUAUCGUUACCCAAAGGGGCUCCUCGAGACACUCAACGAGACGAUGCGGCCUAACGUACUGUACUUGGCUGUAUCUCAAUGCGACGAUGGGCUCUUUGGACACUGGCCAACCCGUGCUCAGAUCAAGUUCAGACAGACGGACUUCCCAAACAUGCUGGUGAUGAGUGCCGGUGGGUACGGCCACGUCCCGCUGCCGUUGUUCAAGCAGAUGGAAGAUCCAGUGGCACUGAAGCCAAUUAUGGACAGAACCUACGCGGCUUCCUUCAUGGGUUCACUGAACCACGGACCACGGUGGUUUCGCUUGACCAUGAAGAAGAUCGCGGAAAGCUGGGGCGAAGUACGAGGCAAGGCAGUUCGUAUAGGGCAGGGCCAGGACUGGAGGGAGGUCAUGGGAAACACGAGCCUGAACCUCUCGCCACGCGGGUUCGGGCGUAACUCCUACCGGACAGUUGAGCUCCUCCAGAUGGGACUAAUACCUAUCUCAGUCUGCGACAAAGUCCCCUGGCUCUUCUACAGAGAUCUGUGGACCGAGGAGAAGAUCGGCUUCUUCUCGACACCCGAGGAGUUGGGGCACACCCUGGAUCAUGCCUUCUCCGAUGUCCCAAAGCUGAAGGAAAUGGAAAGUCGUAUCCGGGACAUGAGGGAGACCCAUUUUCUACCGCUGGGCAUCAUGGAUCAGAUCUCCAAGUUCAUAACCGACAGGGACGGGGGUGGGGAUCUCAGAUGCCAGGCCUUGCCGGAUCUCACCCAUCUGCGGCUACGGCUGCGCGCGUGGCCCUGGGAUGCUUGCUGCCAAUGGGACUUCGGGGGGCCGCUGGUGACGAACAUGCGCGCUCUUGAGUUUCGAGCAAAGCCGAGCAAGACCCCCUUUCGCAUGGCGGCCAGCAUGCAAAGAGUGUUUCUAAGCACCCGGCUCCGGGUGAACGAGACGCCCAACGUCGAGCCCUUGGACGUGCCGAAGCUCCCUGAGGAGCUUACGGAACCGGGCCAUCAUGACCUCCUUAGCACCUGCCUCCUGGCGCUCCUGCUCAGCGCAGGGCUGGUAGUCCUUGCGCAGCUCCGCCCGGCCCACACUUGGACCUCUGGAAUCAGAGUUGAUGAUGUGGAUCCGGCGGUGGAGGUGAAGCGCGCCGGCGAGGCCAGCGUUCAGAGCACACCCUGCAAAGACAAGGAGGAGGCAAGUCCGAGCACGCCGAGUACCUCCAGCUUAGGACAGAAAGGCAAGGGCAAGGCACCUGCUCCCCCGAAGGGGCAGGGGAAAGGGCCCAAGGGCUCACCCAAGGGCGCUGGCAAGGGCCCGCCAAGCACACCCAAGGGCAAAGGUAAAGGGACCCCCCCAAAGGGUGCCCUGGCAUCGCAGCGAUCUGGGGGCUUGGAUGACGCAGAGGAGGCAAAAGCCGCGAACCCGUUCGGAGCACGGCGUAUCCGCUGGCGGACGAUCUCUGACCAGUCGGGCACCGUCUUCAAUCGCCUGGAUGCCCCCGGCCUUCACAGCGAGACGCGGAAGAUGCUCCACGAGGUGCUGGCGUCAUCAGUGGUGCAGCAGACGGCCCGGCAGUCUGCCUUCAUCCCAAAGAGCUCUGGCAAGUGCCUCCUCAGCAUGAAGCGCGCCCAACAGCUGGCGAUUGCCUUCCGCCGAUCUCCCAUGCCGCUGCACAAGCUUUGUCUGGCGCUUCAGACGCUGGACUUUUCCAUCUCGCUCACCGAAGAAGAGAUCGAAGGCUUGCUGAAAGCCUGGCCCACGGACGUCGAUUUCAGACAGGUCGCCAGCUACGCCGGGCCCGCGGAGGAGUUGCGGGACGUGGAGCAGUGCAUUCGACAGGUGGCCGCCGUGCCCCGGAGUGAGGCUCGGCUGAAGCUGCUGCGGCUCUCCCGAUCCCUGGACUCACUCUCCAGCAUCUUCGACCGCGUGGAAGUGUUACAGGCGGCCUGCGACGAGCUCAUGCAGUCUGAGAAGCUGCAAAUCCUGCUACAGGUUUGA